CCCAAUUCCAUCCAGAGUGAACAACAAAGCUAAGGAGGAGAAUCAACAUCGACAAGAUGUCAUUCAUAUCUGCAAUUAUACUUCUUCAUUUUCUAUCUGUUAGUUUGGGGGUAGUUGACUAGUUGGGAAUUCGGAUCAUUCAAUGUGCUGCAAACAUGCGCAACUACCACCCCAGUCCCAUCCAUUCCAAAGAGGAAGAUGUAAAAAAAGGUUCAUAAUUUAGAGUUGCAGUAACAAAUUAACAAUGGGUUUAGGGAAAUUGACACAUUGGGUCUCUCUCCUCUUUCUGGGCUUUGCUGUUACCCUUUUCUACAUCUACCCAUCUCCAUCUUCUCAACAAUCAGCUGAAGAAUUGCCCAAUUCCAUUUAUGAUUUCACUGUUAAGGAUAUCCAUGGUAAAGAUGUAAGCCUCAGUACUUACAAGGAAAAGGUUCUUCUGAUUGUCAAUGUCGCUUCCCAAUGUGGUUUAACAAAGUCGAACUACAAGGAAUUGAACAUUUUGUAUAAGAACUACAAGGACCAAGGCUUUGAAAUAUUAGCCUUCCCAUGUAACCAGUUUGGAUGGCAAGAACCAGGAAGUAAUGAAGAAAUCAAUGAAGCAGUCUGUUCUUCUUUUAAAGCAGAAUUCCCUUUAUUUCAGAAGAUAGAUGUCAACGGGAAGAAUGCAGCACCACUUUACAAGUUUUUAAAAUCAAAGAAAUCCGGCGUAAUAUUAGAUGAGAUCAAAUGGAACUUUGCGAAAUUUUUGGUGGACAGACAAGGAAAUGUUGUUGAGAGAUAUGCUCCUGUGACCUCCCCCCUGAAAAUUGAGAGUGAGAUUCAAAACCUCCUGGAAUCAUCUUAGAUCUGAGACUCGCAAAUUGUGAAGAGAAAACAUGCAGGACUUGAUUUUUGAAGUCUGUUAUUGUAAUUCUGGUUGAUUUUGGAAAUUGUGGAUGUGUGAUGAUGAAAAUUGACUCGCCUUACGAUUAUUGUAUGAUGGAAAUGAUGUUGUAGUUGGAAAAGGGUUAAGGGGUGAAGGAAUUGAACAUCAAUAUCAGCAAAGAAACACUGAUGUUUUAGUGUAGGCUUCAACAAGGUAGUGGGAAAGUUUAUAGUGGGAUUAGGAGCAUUGUUCAACCUCGAUGAAUUAAGCAGCUUUCAGUUCCCUGCAAUAA